AUGGUAUGUUUUUGUACGUUCAAAUAGCCUUUUUGUAUAUAGUUUCGACUAGAAAUAAGAAAAAUGCAUUUUAAAAGUGCCACAAAAGUCUUGUCGCCGAUUUAUAAGGUUUUACAAUAAGACCUUGACUUUAUAUUAGGUUGUGCAAAUAAUUUUGUGCUCCAUGGAAAGUAAAUUUGCGAGGUUGGGAAGCACAGAAUUAUGUGGACAACUUAAUAUAAUACUUAUUAUCUUAGGUAUAUCAAUACCUAAUAUUUUAGCUAGCUCAAGAACACCCACAGCCGUUCCCAGCAGUCACUGUAUGCUCAUUGAACCCUUUCAAAGUCAGUGAAGUCAAUGUUUCUGAUGAUUUGAAUUCGUUGGUAAGUGUACAUGCCCUGCGACUGUAGAUAAGAGGUAGUGUAAGUCUCCUAAAAGAUAAGUUUAACUAGGGCUAGAGCGAUGUAUAUUGAUAAGGCAAGGACUGAAACGAGUAAGACAAAGACUAGGGCGAGGGCUAGAAUUAUGGCUAGAGCCAAAAUUAUGCUAGAAUUAUUGUUAGGACGAGAGCUGAGCUAGUGUUAGAUCUACGGAUAAGGGUAGGGCUAGGGCAAAACAAUAUAAAUAAGACGGGGCAGGGUAAAUUAAAGUAGACAGUUCAUUACUUUCAGGUCCAAACCUACUUGUACACAUUGAACCAGAAAAAGAAGUUCAUGGCGUCAGAAAACACAUCAGAAUCAACUUCUGAUGAUUCUACUGAAAUCACUUCAAGUCGAAGGAAACGAACAGUGACUACUAACUCAACAUCUUAUAAACUGACUUGUGGUAAAAGCAUGGUAGUUGUUUCGAAUGAGGAUAGUAAUGAAAGUACAGUUACUGUUGGUAAGUAGAAAAAAAAUUUUUUUUUGGUUUUUCGAGGUUACUGUAGGGUAAUGAUAGAUAAGAUAAGGUAUCUGUAUAGUAGGAUAAAGAAAGGUAUUUUAGGUUUAAAUUGGGGCUGGGUUAAGGUAACAUAAGUUAAUAAAUGAUGGGUUAUUGAAUCAUGGACUAGGUAAGGGUAAGUGGGGUAGGGUAGGGCUUUGUAUUGUAGGGUAGGGUAGGAUAGGGUAGGGUGAGGUAGAGCAAGGAUAAAGGACUAUAAAUUUAAGGACAAUACACUACUCCGGUAAACUCCACAAUCUCACCUUACUACGCAAAUGCCAUGUUUAACAUGAUAAACAACUGUGUCUACAACUGGUUCUUUGCCCCAUUUACAAACGUCACAAUCUGGCAAGAGACCGAUUUAUUUGACUUUAUAUUUUCUUGUAAUCCAAGUCUUAUCAUCGACUCUCAUUGGCUUUCGAAUACUGGUCCUAUCACUACUUUAUUGGCAUUGAAACUGGUUGAUAUUAGUUCUAGCUUUAAUGGUUCUGAAUCGAUGGCUACGGACUUGGAUCAGCUUUUAAUGUAUAGAUAUAAAAACGUUGGAGAUUAUGUUGUACUGGAUGGACAGGUUGAAGGUAGGUUGUGGAUACUGUAGAGUAUGGUAGGGUCAGGGUUAGACUAUGCUGAUAUAUGACCAUAUUAGGAAUACGGUAGCAUAAAACAAUUGGAAAGCAUGUGUAAGACAAGGGUAUGGCAAACAUAGGUUAAGGGUAUCGCGAGGGUAGGGAAAAGAGUUAGCAAGCACAGGGGUACAGUAGAGCAGAAGACGACAAAAUAGGGCAGGAUGGGGUAGGGUACUGUACAGUAUGGCUAAGAUAAGGCUAUAACAAGGCUUGGAGUAGGAUGGGCUAGUCCAGAAUACGGCCAAAGUAACUUUAGGAUAGAGCCGUACAGCUAGUAGCGUAUCUUCAUUAAGCGGAGAAGAUACGCUACAGUAUAAGUGAAGAAAAGUUACAGUAUAUUAGGUUAGGUUAACGUUUGUUAGGGUAGGGUAGGAUAGGAUAGGAUAGGGUAGGGUAGGGUAGGGUAGGGUAGGGUAGGGUAGGGUAGGGUAGGGUAGGGUAGGGUAGGGUAGGGUAGGGUAGGUAGGGUAGGGUAGGUAGGGUAGGGCAGGGAACGGCAGAGCACGGUAGCGACUGUAAUGGCAUCAUUAUAAAAAAAUUUAAUUUUUUACAGUAUGCGGCUACGGUUCGGACCGCUGGCGUUUCCUAGGAAGCAUUGAAAGUGAGCAAGAAUUCCUUGACAAUUGGAAUUACACGUCAAGUCAGAUAUUUUGCAAUAAUGAAACAGUAUCCGAGUGUACUGUAACUUGUAAUACGACUCAGUUUUUACUCUGUCAAAUGCUGUGUGAUAUGCAGACAAUGGAACAAGUUUCUCAGCUAAUUCCACCUGGCCAAAGCGAUCCGGUUAUAUGCUAUAUGCCUAGCACAACUGAAGAGUACAGUAGUAGUACUGAGGUGGUUAACAGUACAACUAAUAGGAUUAUUAGUACUACUAAAGAGCUUUGUAGUACUACUAGCAAUGGGGAACUUAGUAGUACUUCUAGUAAGUACAGUUGUACUACUACUGGUGAGUACAUCGGUACUUCUGGAAGUGAUGUGUAUCGUAGUACUGCCGAUGAAGAAGGCAGUACUAGGGAAGGUACAACAUUAAGUACCGAAGCUCAUAGUACUACUGAUGAAAAAAGUUAUGAUACAACUAGUGAUGAUAAAGUCAGUACUACAGAUAGUACUAUUUCUAGUACUACUUCAAAACGCACAACUGUAACCUUAAAAACUUCCCAAAGUGCUACGGUGACUAGUACAACAAUAAAAUCAAGUACCGUAACACAAAGUACAGCACAAUCUAGCACUAAACCUACAACUACAAGUACUACUUUAAGUACAAAUAAAAGUACAAAGAAGAGUACAACGCUUGAAAAUGUUUCGACAAGUACUAGUAGCACAAAAGCUAGUACUACUACUACUGUAAAAGUAACAACAACGUCUAGAACAACUUCUAAACCAACUACAACUUCUACUAAGACUACUGUAACAUCAAACUCAAAGCCUACAACUAUAUCUUCUUCUUUAUCUACUCCUACUGUAAGGACUUCCACUACCACUGUCAAGCCUGCUAGCUCUACAUUCGUAAGUACGGUAACUUCUACAAAAAGCAGUCUAACGUCUAGUUCUAGUACUACACCAAUGAGUACUACACGGUUGAGUACAAAAAUGAAUAGUUAUAGUAUGAAAACAAGUACUAUAAGUUUAUCUACUAGCACUAGUACUACAACUGCUUCUACUACUACUACUAUUACUACUACUACGACAAGAAUAUCUUCAACAACAUCUACAGUAGCUCCUACAACAACUACUACUUUAUCAACUACAGCUAAACCUAAAUCAUCAAGCAUAGCUACACUUAGUACUUCAAUUUCAACAAUGUCAAGCACAAAAACAAGUAGUACUACUACAAGUACAAUAUCAAUUCCUACUAGUACUUCUUCUAUCACAACCACUAGUACCACAAGCUUAAAAACAACGUUAGUUUCUACGACUUAUACUUCAAGUUAUGUUACUACUACUGCUUAUACAGAAAGUUUAGAAGAAUCAACAAUAUCUAUGGGUUCUACAACAUCGACAUAUAAAAAAGAAGAGCAAUAUACAACUGAAGAUGCAACUAAAGAUCCUACUACAAGAUUUGAAGACAUUACUACAACACCAUCAAAUUUGUUGCCAAACAAUAUGACAAUUGAAGAAGUACAACAACUUGUUGGGUUGGAUGUAAGUUUAACGUAGUAAAACGAUAGUGCUUAUAUAUACAAUAUUUAAGUACCGUAUAUCUACUGUAUAACUAAUCUAGUCGCUCAAGGAUUUAAGUUGCUUUGUUAUAAAAAAAGUUACGGUAUUGAUAAGUUUGUUAUACAAGAGUCUUACUGUACCUGAAAAUUUGAAUAGAGAUUGACAAACAAAAUAUAUAUACAAAUGUAAAAAACAAUACAGAGCAAAUCUCUUAUAGUACGAAGACUACACAACAACAUUGAACGCCAAAAUGUUGGCUACAGUGCCGUCAAUAGCUGCUGGCUUAACUUUGGAACAACGAAAAGAGUUGUUUGUAACAUCAGAUGAGCUUAUACGUAGUUGCCAGUUUGGAAAUAUUGCUUGUAGUGAUAAGUAAGUCAAAGUUUAAAAUUUACUUUGAGAUACAGGGUCAUACUAUUAGUACAGUAACAUAGAAAAUACUAAGAAAGGGUGCGACUGUUGUAAAGCUAGGCUAUGAUAAAAUAUAAGUUUGAGCUUAGACAUAGUGAGUUUUGUCUUCAGGGUCCGAUAUAUGCUUAGACAUGGACUCCGGCUUAGGCCUAAGAUGAAACUUGAGCUUACGAUUAGGAUAAUGUUUAAGGUUAGGUUUUCGAGUUAUGCCUAAUUCUAAGGUCAGACUAAGAUCAAGGCUAAGGUUGAGGUGAUUACGGCUAGAGCUAUGGCUAGGCUAAGGCUAAGGCUAAGGCUAAGGCUAAGGCUAAGGCUAAGGCUAAGGCUAAGGCUAAGGCUAAGGCUAAGACUAAGACUAAGACUAAGACUAAGACUAAAACUAAGACUAAGGCUAUGGCUAGAGGUAUGGCUAACUUUUGUAAAAAUAUAAAAUUUGCAGUUACGAACAAGUAUACGACCCUGAUUACGGCUACUGUUACACAGUCAACUCUAAUUCUACAUUUUCUACAAACACUAUUGGUAACCAACAAGGUAUAUUUUUUUUAAAUAUGGACUUUUAAAGUACAAGAAGCGUUAUUAAAAUACAAAUUAUUUUAAAACAGAAUUUUUCAAAAUUUUGUUUUUCUUUUCAGCGCUAGAACUAACAUUAUAUUAUCUAGUAAACGAAUAUCUACCGUUUAUUGAAGUAGUCGGGUUUAAAGUUGUCAUUCACUCUCAACUAGAAUACGCUUUCCCAGACAAUUAUGGUGAAUAUGCACAAGUUGGCAGUAAUUCUAUUUUUAGAAUUGAUAAGGUAAGUAAAAAUCUUUUGGUUAUGGAAUCGUUAGAUAAAGAUGGGUAGGGCAGGGUAGAGUAGGGUAGGGUAGGGUAGGGUAGGGUAGGGUAGGGUAGGGAAGAGUAGGGUAGGGUAGGGUAGGGUAGGGUAGGGUAGGGUAGGGUAGGGUAGGGUAGGGUAGGGUAGGGUAGGGUAGGGUAGGGUAGGGUAGGGUAGGGUAGGGUAGGGUAGGGUAGGGUAGGGUAGGGUAGGGUAGGGUAGGGUAGGGUAGGGUAGGGUAGGGGGUAGAGUAAUAUAAGGCAGGGUAGUAGAAUUUAAAAGGUUUUCAAAAAUUUUUAAAUCUAAAACUUCAAAAUGUGUUUUAGAAUCAAUACCAACGAUUAUCUCAUCCAUACGGUGUUUGUGACACACUGGAGUCAAUAGCUGAAAGAAAUCAAAGCUAUUACUACACUGGAAAUUAUACGUUAGAAGUAAGGUAACUUUUGUAAAAUACGUUCUUGUAAAUUUUAUCAAUUUCAUUUAAAAUUAGUACUUUUAAAAAAAGUUUUAGGGUUGUCUACGGUCAUCUUUUGAAGAAGCCGUGUUCUCAGAAUGUUCAUGUGCAGACCCAAGGUUUGAGCAUCCAAGUGGAAUAUAUUGCUCUGUUUUGAAUCAAACUCAAGGUAAUUUUAGCUCUAGCCCUAACCUUAGACUUGACUUUAGCCCUAGCCCUAGCCUUAACCAUAGCUUUAACCUUAACAUUAGCCCUAACCUUAGCUUUUUAUAAUAUUUACUUAAAUUAUUAUUAAUUCCAGCCGACUGCCUAAACGACUACAUUUCCAAAAACAAUGACUUUUACAACAGUACAUUCGAUUGUAAUUUGGAGUGUUAUGAAGAGGCUUAUUCAGUAAUGACAACUUUAGCUAAGUGGCCAACUGUCGGAUUUGAAAUGACAGAUUGUGAUUUAAAAAAUUAUUCAAGCUGUGUUGACGAUUAUGACACAAAUGGUGGUUUAGUUACUGUAUUUUUUCAAGAUUUAACGUAUUCGAUGAUUACUGAAGUUCCUAUGAUGAAUGUAAGCAUUUUUUAGGCUAAGUCCAAGGCUAAGGUUAAGGCUUAG